AUGUCAUCUGUACAUCCAGGAGAUAAACCAGCAACUGCAUCAACAGUUUCUUCAAAUAUUGAACAAAGUUUAAAGAGAACUGGAGAAGAACUUGAAAAAGAUACAAAAAAAGUAAGAACUGAAGGAGAAAGUUUCAUCAAUGAAGUUGGUAAACAAAUCUCAGAGGCACAUGAUCAAGCGUUGGAAUCGACAAAGGAAGCUUUAGAGUCAACCAAAGAAGCUAUCCAGUCUGGUGUCGAAUAUGUUCACAAUAGUUUGCAACCGGUCAUCGAUAAGAGCAAAGAGUUUAGCGAGAAUCUCCAGAAGAGUGUUGUCGACAGCUACAACGCCACCGUUCGCAAGACAGAGGAAUUCAGAAAGGAGAUUGCAGAGAAGGCUGCCACAAUGAUUGCAACCGCUGAGCACAAAGCAUCGGAGAUGGGUGAGUCGUUGAAGCACACUCUCGAAGGUGCAAUGGGUGACGCCAAGGAAUCGGCCAAGACCACUGAGAAGACUCUCGAGAACAAGGCCGAGGAACUCAAGGACGAUGCAUCCAAGAAGUCAGAGGAGCUAAAGGAGGGUGCACAAGAUCUCAAGAACAAAGCUGAAGAGAAAGCGGAAGAAGUCGGCAAGAAGUUAGAGGAAGCCAAGAAUGACGCCGCAGAAGUAAUCGAAGAGAAAACAGAGGAACUAAAAGAUGCUUCCAACGGUAAGAAGAAAGGUAGAGGUCGUCCAAAGAAAUCUGCAAAGUAA